AUGAGUGUAAAUAUUGGAUCACUUCAUCGUCUUAGAGAUAGCAGUCUCUUCCCAUGCAUUGUGGGAGUAACGAAGAAUGAAAUACUAUGGAGGACUUCAAGUGAAUUAGGAGCCGGUACAGUAAUAAAACAGAUAAGUUUUAAGAAUAUUAUCGGAACCACUUCUCUGUCAGAUAUUAAUGGCGUGAGGUGGCUCGCUGAUUUGUCUGGGCCGCUCCAGAAGAAAGAGGCUAGUAAUUCCUGUGGAUUCACUAUUUGGAGCAUCACUCAAACAAAGAAGUAUAGUUGGGGAGUUCGUUGCUCCACAUUUUACUGUGCCCGCAACCAACAGGUAUCUGACUGGGUGGAUUUUUUAAAUAGCAGUGUAUUGAAGACAAAUCCUUCACGUCCACGUAAUUUGUUGGUUUUCAUCAAUCCUUUAAGCGGAGCAAAGAAAGCACAGCAAAUUUAUACUCACCAAGUAGCACCAUUAUUUUAUCUAGCCAACAUUCAAACAAAAGUUAUUGCUACGACAUCUCGGAAUCAUGCGACAGAUUAUCUCAUUGAAAACUCAUUGGAUUCUUAUGAUGGAGUAAUUUGUGUCGGUGGCGAUGGAUUUUUAGCAGAAGCUGUUCAAGGUUUAUUGUUACGCGAAAGACGCAAGUUUAGUCUACCGUUAUUUUUGGGGCAUAAACCGGGAGAAAUUGAAUUAAAACCAACAAUUCGACUUGGAGUUAUUCCGGCAGGUUCAACAGAUUCUGCCUCAUAUUCUGUUCAUGGUACUAAUGAUGUUGUAACUGCGGUUCUUCAUAUAAUUUCUGGUGAUGAUAUUAGUUUAGAUGUUGUCGCUGUACAUGCGGAUGACGAUGGAACAUUUAUUCGUUACGUACUAACGAUGUUAGGCUAUGGAUUUCAUUCUGAUCUUUUGCGUAAUGAUGAUAAACGACGUUGGAUGGGUUCUCAAAGAUAUAAUUAUUCUGGCUUCAAGACACUUUUACAACAUGCAUCGUAUCACGGUGAAAUAUCUUUUCUACCGUGUUCGGAUCCAAAGAACCUAUCAUCCAACGGUAUUAUUUGUAAUAGUGGCUGUUCUAUUUGUGAAUCAAACAUUUAUCAUCAAACUGACGAUUCAUUGCCUGUUGAUCAUUCACUGAAUACAUUUAGUAUAAAACAUCAUGAAACGGAAUUUGAUGUGCCCUUGAAUUCCUCAAUGAAUAUUCGAGAUAGUAGUGAUUUUUCUAGUACACCGUCUAGUUUAAUCAAUGGUAGUACUCAAAGUGUAAGUAAUUCACAAGUACUAAUCAAUCAGAAAUCACUGGAUUCUGAUCUAGGCUUGAGUAUUUCAUCGAACAUUGAUGGACGUAAAAUUUUCAAAUCUCAUUUAUCUGGUUUUAAAUUUGAUAAAAAUUUCAGUAGGAAUUCCUUUGAUGUUAAUCCGUGCAAUAUUAUGUCAAACGAAAGAGUUUCUAACAUUGGAGUAGAACAAUUACAUGAUAAUCAAUUAUCACUAAGUCGGAGUUCACUUAAACCAAUAAAACAUUGGCAUACCAUCCGAGGCACGUUUUUAGCAAUUAAUGCAUUUGUUCAAAGUUGUCGAUGUGCACUAGCCGUUUGUGGUCCUGCACCUUGGGCACAUUUAAGUGAUGGUUGUUUGGAUUUAGUUUUCGUGCAUAAAUGUUCCAAAGUUCAAUUCAUUCGAUAUCUUAUGAGUAUAGCACGGAAUCGUCAUAUGACACCUGAGGAAAAUCCUUUUAAUUUUCCAUUUGUCAGUGUUGUGAAAGUAUGCGCUUUUCGAUUUGUUGCACAAAAUAAAUCAAAAUUAAAAAAGUUAGAUAAUAAUAAACAAAACUGUUUAUGUAAUAAACAGAAUAAUUUACAAGUAAUUCACAAUGCCAGUGAUGAUCCAAUUAUUGAAUCAUUACCAACUACCUCUUUGUCUGAGCCAAAUUCUUCAUGUCCCACUGUAAGUCAGAAGAAAACAACAAUUUGGUGUUCUGAUGGAGAAUUAAUUAAAAAAUCCGACAUUAUUUGCUUUGUCCAUCGUAAACUGAUACGAUUUUUUGGUCGAGGUCCGGAACAACACUCGGAUUUAAACGAUUCACUAGAUACAUCUGGAGAAAAACAAGAAUCCUAUAGGUUGAUAUUACAAUCUAUGAUGGAUGAAAUCUAUUCAAUGUACUAA